GGCAUUUUUUUAAUAAUAAUACAUCAAUGUUUUUGUUCGAGCUACAAGCCAUUAAUUUCCUUCUGUGAGCAUAAACAAAAUAUCAUGCCUUAAAAAAAUUAAAAGAAAUACUAAAGGAACUACAUUACACAAGCAUUGCUUGGCAGAGCUAAAACCUUCAAAUAUUACAUGAUUGAUCGAAAUAAAUGAUUAUGAACAUAUAAUCACUUAUCUUUUGGUCUAAAUAUUAGUGGUACUUUUGUUUGGAUGGUGUUUUAUAAAUUCCAAAAACAACAAAAGACUAUGAAGUAAAUAGAAUAAAAAUGUAAAAAAAAUCCAAUAUUGUAGUAAGUAUAUUCGGUUGUUUGCUAAUUGCGUAAAGACAAAAGUCACCGAAGAACCAACCAAACAAAAAGAGACGAACAUUUUAAAAAUUCUGUCUAAAUGUCUCUCUCUUUUUAAGUUGUCGUCUUCUCGCAUAUGAUUCUUCUUCUUCUUCCUCGAGAUGACAAGACUAGAGAAAGAGAUUCUAUCAGACCGAUCAUAACUGCUGUUUUUCUGGGCUUUUCCGUCAGGUUUCGUCGCUGAAAGUGAAAAAACUCCAUUGCUUUUGGUUUCAUUUCAUGGUUUCCGCGGGAAAAGUUCGCCUUCCCUUUUGACGCAAAAGACGAGAAGAAGUUGAGGAAACAUGAACACAACAACUUCCACACAUUUUGUUCCACCGACAAGGUUUGAAAUCUACGACCCACUCAACCAAAUAGGUACUAUGUGGGAAGAAAGCUUCAAGAACAAUGGAGGAGGCUUCUAUACUCCCAACUCUAUCAUCAUCCCCACGAACCAAAAACCAUACAGCUUGAGUGAAGAUGGAACAGAAGGAACUCCUCACAAGUUUGACCAAGAGGCUUCCACAUCUAGACAUCCUGAUAAGACACAGAGACGGCUUGCACAGAAUCGUGAGGCAGCUAAGAAAAGUCGUCUUCGCAAGAAAGCUUAUGUUCAGCAGCUAGAGACAAGCCGGUUGAAGCUAAUUCACUUAGAGCAAGAACUUGAUCGUGCUAGACAGCAGGGUUUCUAUGCGAGUAACCGUGUAGAUACUAAUGCCCUUAGUUUCUCAGAUAACAUGUGCUCAGGUUUGAAUCAUUUCACCUUUUUUGAUAGAAUCAUUUCAAGUUUCAAAAUUUAUUUGUUUUUUUUGUUGAUGUUAGGUAUAGUUGCAUUUGAGAUGGAGUAUGGACACUGGGUGGAAGAACAGAACAGGCAGAUAAGCGAGCUAAGAACUGUUUUAAACGGACAAGUCAGCGAUAUUGAGCUUCGUUUGCUAGUUGACAAUGCCAUGAAACAUUACUUUCAACUCUUCCGAAUGAAGUCAGCCGCUGCAAAACUAGAUGUCUUCUACAUCAUGUCGGGAAUGUGGAAAACUUCAGCAGAGCGGUUUUUCUUGUGGAUAGGUGGGUUUAGACCCUCAGAGCUUCUCAAGGUUUUGUUACCGCAUUUUGAUCCUAUGAUGGAUCAACAAGUUUUGGAUGUAUGUAACUUGAGGCAAUCAUGUCAACAAGCGGAAGAUGCUGUAUCUCAAGGUAUGGAGAAACUGCAACAUACGUUAGCAGAGAGUGUAGCAGCUGGGGAACUCGGUGAAGGAAGUUAUGUUCCUCAAAUAACUUCUGCUAUGGAGAGAUUGGAGGCUUUGGUCAGCUUUGUUAAUCAGGCUGAUCAUUUGAGACAUGAGACAUUGCAACAGAUGCAUCGGAUCUUAACCACAAGACAAGCGGCUAGAGGAUUGUUAGCAUUAGGUGAAUAUUUUCAACGGCUUAGAGCUUUAAGCUCGAGUUGGGAAACUCGGCAACGUGAACCAACUUAAGCAAAGAGAUUAAAUUUCAAGAACAAGAACAUAAGCUUGUGUCUGAUGAUAGUAUAAUAAUUAUUCUUCUCUUGCGGCUUUGAGGAAAGUUAUAAAUAUGAUCAGCAACGUAAAGCUUGUGGCUUUAGAAACCCAAGCUGUAAACAUGUAUGAUUUGCUUGUUGUAUAUUAUAUGUUAUAGUGUGAUGUUUAUAAUAAUUACGGAAUCAUAUAAUCACACAAAUAGGAGGAAAGAAAAAUUGAUCAGAAGAUAUAUGUUGAAUGGCCGCAUAGGAUCUUUAAUUUAUAUUACUUUAGUGGACAAUAUAAGAGAAAGUAGAAAGUUGCUAAAAAAAGAAGUAAAAGAAAAGGAAGUAGAUCAGAAGAUAAAAGACAAAUUUUCUCUAAGAAACUCAAUUAUCUGGACAAUUCUUUGGAUGCUUUUCUUUGAGUUUGAACAAAAGCUUGAAGCCUCACAACACGAGGCAAGUCAUUGAACACUUGCCAUACUUGAAAUUGAAUGUGUUCUUAUUGUUGUUCCACUUUACACAUACUCAUAAGAUGAUCCAUACCUAAUGUGUGUUUUUCAAAGUAUAUACAGUUUUAUCAAGUUUUAUGUGCUAGUACAAUCAUAGUACAUCAUUAUGUAUGUUAUAUGUUUCCCUACAUAUAUGAAACUUAGUUGGUAUCUAAAUAUUGUAUGGUCAUGAGAUAAGGGUUUUUAGGACAAGAUUUCAAGAAAUGGUCACAUGAAUGAGUAGUUGAAUUAACUGAAAAAUGUGAGCAUUAAAAAGACAAGGCAAACGACUUACAAUCUCUUAUAAUCUCCAUCAUCUUAUAACGAAAAUAAAUCAAAUAAAUACAACAUAAAUUAAUCUUAUAUUCUAUUGUUUCAUUCUCACUUUAAUUACUUUUGAGAUAUUAUUCUUUUCUCAGAUUUUUCUAAUGUUUCUUUUUAUAAUUAGUAAAAUAUCAUUUUGAGUAUCUUUCAGUGAAAUUGCUCUAAGAAGCUAAUCAAGAUACAAUAAGUUCAAAUAUCAACUAAACUAAUUACAUAUUUCAUCCACUAAAAUGAUCCAAAUGAUCCAUUGUAUCAAGAGUUGUUAGGAUCAAAAGUUUCCCCUCGUGAUGUGCUACUAUAGUUUUAACAAUCUUGGCACUUUUUGGAGAUCUUCAACGAACUCCAACUCGUUCACGCCUCUCUCAGUUUCAUCCAACUCGUUCACGCCUCCCUUAGUUUCAUGUUCUUCCUCUUAUUGAGGUGGUUGAUAAUUACAUGUUUGAUGGGUACAUGAUAAUGAUGAAUGAUCAUAAGAUUGCAAAACUAUUCACUCAAUGCAUACCACUUGCGUGAUUCUUUGCGUUCUGAAGAUAUUUCUCAGGUCAAAUCCCAGGUUUUUUCACAGAAUGAUCGAAGGUGAAAAAGAAUCAACAAGAUCAGCUUCCGACGACCAAUACCGCUACUUUCAAUCCUCACCAAGCAGGUUCAGUGGUCUAAGGGACUUGGAUGAGGGGGUGAUGGGGUGGGAUGGGGAGGAGAAUAAAAAUUGACGAUUGAACGAUUUUAAACUUAUAUCUUUAAAAAUGUUUUACAGAAAAAUAUAAUUUUUUUAUUUUUGUGCAAUAAUUCAAAACAUCAUAUAUUAUGAAACAUGGAGAAUAUAAUUCUUAGAAUUGUUUCGAAAUUUGUAAAUACCAUUUUAUGAACAGUGGCUUUUGUUAAUAAAAACUUUCACUUUAUGAUAACCAGAAUAAACCGGAGUAUUUCUAAGUUUGUUUUACCAUAAACUUUGUUUAUUUAAAUAUAUUUGUGUCUUUAACCACUUCAAGCGUAAUAAUCAUUAUAUUUUGGAAUUUCAAAUCCAUGGUUAGAUAGAGAUAGAGACCUUAUUAAUCGCCAAGCAGCAAAAUUGGUAACAAAGAGUUCUGCCUAGAAAUCUCAAAGUGUGGUAGCCUCCAUGAAUUCAGUUGAUGAGUAGAAAGAGUCCAUGGUAAAGUAUAAAACAAAACCAUAAAAAAAUGUGGUGUUGGUGUGUUUUGUGCAUAGGUUAAAAGCCUUAGUAGCAAUACCAAAGGUGUAGCCAGUAUACAUAGUACAUCCCUUCUUAAUGUUUAUAUGGAUCCUAACAAAUCGAAACAUGAGAAGGAGUUGCUUCUAAAGGACUUGAAGUUAGAAGGGUUAACAGGGUAGACAGAAACUUGGGAAAAAGUUGAUUCUAAGCCGAUACACACUUCUCAUGUCUACGGUUGGAGCACUUAAGACUGAUAAAGUGGAGAACGGUCCUUCGCAGAUUUAUUCUCCACAUAACUUGGACUAGAGCUUUGUCAGCCAAAACAGUAGACAUCACUUCGUAGUUCGUAGUUAAGGAGAUUAGAUUGUUGGUGAGUGGAUUUUAAACAAGAACAUAAGCCUGGUGUUUUAUAUGGUAAUAAGAUGAUGAUGAUUCUUUUCUUGUGGCUUUGAGGAAUGUUGUAAAUGUGAUCAGCAACGUGAAGGUUGUUGCUUUGGAAACCAAGUUCUCUACAGUUGGUUUUUUAUGUAAUAUUAUAUAUAAUCGCUUGUGAUGAUGUUUAUAAUAAUUACCGUAUCAUAUAAUCACACAAUAGGAGGAAAGAAAAAAUGAUUUAAAUUUAAGAAAAUCAAUAAACCAAACCCAAACCCAAACUUUGUUCUGUCAGAAUCAAUGGGAUCAGUUUUUCUUCUACCUUUACAAAGGGAGGGAAAAAUAAUCGACAAAAUAUAAAAAUGUAAGAACACCUGAGGAUCUGAAUCAUCUGAUCAAACUACUAAAGAAACAUAAAACCAGAAAAAAUGGGAUGAUGGAUGAAGACAUAUCCAUGGAGAUAUACAAAAGAACAAAAAAAAAACAAAUCUCAAGAAGAUAAUGAGCUAAGAAGA